AGCGCUUCCGGGCAGCCUGGACCGCUGCCGCUGCUCCUGCGGCAGGUGCAGCGCCAGGGCGAGCGGACGGGCAGAUGGAAAGAAGACCAUGCACAUCCCUGCAAAAGACAGCGAACGUUACCUGUUCAGCACCUCCUCAUCCGAACCUUCAAACUGUUCCAAGCUGUUGGUGUCACUCUGCUAUUAACACAUCUGACACAUAUUAGAAAUAUAUGCAGAGCCAAGAUAAUCACCACUUGUCUGAAGCUUUCCGAAUCCUGCAGGAAAAACUAGCAGCAUCAAAAGCCCUUCCACAAAGACGGGUGUUGAGCUGGGCUCAGCGUGAGGACGGAAUUCCACUUUGGAGACGCACUCCAGCUGCGAUCCAGGGGCGUAUGUUGCUGAAGGCAAAUGAGGUGCGGGCAACACGAAAAGCACUGCAUCCUUUAGGUCAAAGUUCUCGCUGGCAAGCUAAAGUUCCUAAGACAUAAGGAAAGCCUUGCAGGCUUUUAGGAUGGAGGAAAACUCCACUGCCACUGAACCGCAAAACGAUCAGUUGUUGGAGGAAGAGGGCUGGGGCCCCGGAGCGAAGCCACCUGGGGAAGGGCAGAGGUCUGGACUGGGCCACCUGAAUUGGAGCUUUGAGCUAAAUGAGGCUGUGCGGUUUGGCUCCAUUGAGACGGUCCAGCAGUUGUUGGAAAAAGGCGCCGAGGUCAAUGCCAAGGUGGAGAGCGGCUGGACAGCUCUGCAUAGUGCUGUGAAGGCCGACAGGGAGGACGUUGUCCGCCUCCUACUCAACAAAGGGGCUGAUCUACACGCUAGGAAGGAUAAUGGGGCUACCCCUUUUAUUAUUGCGGGGAUAACUGGCAAUGUGAAACUUUUGGAUCUCUUGCUUGAGAAGGGCUCAGGAAUCAACGAACAUGAUAGCAAUGGCUUCACGGCGUUCAUGGAGGCAGCUUGGUAUGGGAAGGAGGAGGCCCUGAGAUUUUUGUAUGAGAAAGGAGCGGAUGUAAAUAUGCGCCGAGUGGUUGAUGAGGAGAAGAAGGCUGUGAAUAAAGGAGGUGCUACAGCCCUGAUGGAUGCAGCUCGGCAUAGCUACCUCGCCAUCGUCGAAGCCCUGGUCACAGAAAUGGAGGCUGAUGUGAAUAUUUGCGACAAUCAGGGGAGAAACGCACUAAUCUAUGCACUCUCGGUGAAGGAAGGGGACGAGUGGAAGCGAGAGAAAGAGGCAGUUGCCGAGUUCCUCUUGAAAUACAGGAUUGAUGUGGACAAAAGAAACGAAAAUGGGGAAACAGCUCUCAUACUUGCUGUUGAAAGAGGAAGCCAAAAUUUGGUGAAAGCUCUUCUGGAAAUGGAUGGCAUUGAUAUUGAUGCUGUGGGCAAAGACAACAAAACAGCACUGAGAGUUGCAGUGGAGAAGACAAACUAUGAAAUAGUAAAGCUACUGUGUGAAAAGGGAGCUAGAACAGACAUUGGAAACCUCAUUCAGGUUGCCAACGUUGCUUACAACAAUGACAAGAUGAUAGCGCUGCUUUCCAGAUAUGGUGCCUCGUGUAGACCGAGCCAGCCAAAGCCAGCAACUUUCUCCAGCAAACGGUGGGAAUCCAGGCUCCGCUGCCUCUGGGAGACACAUCGCCCUAUGAUUGGAAAGCUCAAGUUUUUCAGGCAUGAAGAUUACAGGAUUGGAAAAACCUCUCAGGGAGGAGGAGUUUUUCUUGGAUUAUAUGAUGGAAAAGAGGUGGCUGUGAAGUUACUCCCCACCAAUGGAGAAAAUACCAAGCGAGAGAAAGCCUGUCUUGAGAAAUGCCAACCCAGCAAGCAUCUGGUGACAUUUUGUGGGUGGGAAAAAGACACCUGCAUCUACCUGUGCCUUACACUGUUUGAGAAGAACCUUGAGGAAUAUUUUGAGAUGGAGGAGAAUGCAGCCAUGGAGAGCCAAGAGAUUCUUAAAACAAUAUUCCAAGCAGUGAAGGAGCUUCAUGAUUUUGGAUUUGGCCAUCAGGAUCUGCACCCGAGCAACGUUUUAAUAGACGUGGCUGGCAAUGUUUUCCUGGCAGAUUUUGAUAAGAGCCGAAGAAUAACUGAUGGUGAUAAAGAUCAGAUAAUUUCAGAAGACCUUCAGGCUCUUGCAAAUCUUGUCCUGUACGUUGCGAUGAGGGGCAAAAUCCACUUUGAAGACCUGCCGGCCCAGUGUCCAGAGGAUAAAGAUGGAUGUGCGGAAAUUGAAGACCUCAGAACAUGUCUGAAAACUGAUAAAAACUUCCCAGUGAGUGAACAGCUGAAAAACCUGAUGGACCAUCCCUAUUUUUGGAGUAUGCAAAGGAAGUACCAGUACUUAAGUAAGAUUGGGAAUGAGAUCCGCGUAUUGGCAAAGAGUAAGGACCGGAAGGAUGCCACCGACAUUCAGAAGGUCUUGAACUGCGACGAUCCUUUCAAGGACUGGAAGGAAAAGAUUCACCAAAAAGUACUAGACUGCAUGGCUGAUUUCUCUAAUGAUGUGGGGCAAAAGAAGAUGAAGAAGAACCCAACCCCACGGACGACGCUUUACAAAGACGGUGCGGCGGAUUUACUGAAGCUAAUCAGAAACAUGGGUGAGCACUUCAACGAGAAAAGUACAGAGGUGAAAGCCAUAAUCAAGGAGCCUGCAAGCUAUUUUCUGAACCUCUUUCCAGGUUUAACCAUUUAUGUCUACCGGCGUUUGUAUAAUAUACUACCUGAUUCAUUUUUCCCAACGGCCUAGAAUCAUUCUCAGCUGCAGUGAAGACCGGUGGGCAUCCGUUCGAAAUGGACGUGCAGCUGGCUGUCUCAAUCGCACUAAGCAAAUUAUGCAGAACUGGCAAAGAAGAUCAAAGAGGUCCAGCUUCUUAGAUCUGGGUCAUCGGCACCACAGCUUUCUCUCUGGGGCCCAGUUCUGAAACAAGCUCGGGGCCUGGUUCCCUGAAGGACCAUCCCAUCCCAUAUAUGGCUGCCCAGACCCGACGAUGCUUCUUCAGGACCCCGCCAAAGAAAGUGGGUGGAAGAGGGUCUUCUUUGAGGCGGCACCCAAUUGUGGAAUGAGCUCCCCAGAGAAGCUUGCCUGGCACCUUCCUUGUGCUCUUCCCAGUGCCAGGGAAAGGCUUUCCUAUUUUAGUCUUUCCAGUUCUGUUGUGAAUGUUAAUCUUCGCAUUGCUGAUGGGUUUUACUUUGGUUCCUACUUCUACUGUGUACGGCAGUGUAAAAACUUUUAGAGUGUUUCUCAGGUUGAAUGUUAUGUGAAAGUUCACGGUUAUGAACUUUCAAAAAUGGGCAGAACGGAAGUUUAUUCCCAUGUGCCUGACACCAGUUUGUGCAUUCUGGUUCUGGUUGAGAAUGCAAUAUAAUGAAAAACUGAUACACAUAUUCACUGUCAGUAUUCAAAAAUUACUAAAUUAC